AUGGAAGUUUUAAGAAUAAAUUCUGAUUCUACUGAUGGCCACACUGCCCAGGUCGCGACGGUUAGUCGCACUAGUUCACCUCCUCUUAUUGAGCCCAUUUACCCGCCAGUUGUUGCACAAUAUUGGUGUCACACACAGGUUCGGGUGACAAAGAUGAAGUACAUUUGGACUAUAAGCAACUUUAGCUUUUGCCAAGAGGAGAUGGGUGAAGUGGUGAAGAGUUCCAUUUUUUCUGCUGGUCCACAUGAUCGCCUAAACUGGUGUCUUCGUAUAAAUCCUAAGGGCCUCGAUGACGAAAGCCGUGAUUAUCUUUCACUUUACCUUCUUUUGGUGAAUUGUGGGACGAAAGCCGAAGCAAAAGCAAAAUUCAAGUUUUCUAUUUUGAAUGCUAGAAGAGAGGAGACGAAGGCCAUGGAGAGUCAACGUGCCUAUCGUUUUAUACAAGGAAAAGACUGGGGUUUUAAAAAAUUCAUACGUCGUGACCUUUUAAUGGAUGAGAAUAGCGGACUUUUGCCAAAUGACAGAUUAACAAUAGUUUGUGAGGUACAAGCCUAA